AUGUCUCAAGGUAGAAGAGCUGCAGAAAGAUUACAAAACAAAACCAUUUUCAUUACUGGUGCAUCUGCCGGUAUUGGUGAAGCCACAGCUCUAGAGUAUUUGGAUGCUGCUAACGGUAACGUGAAGUUAGUUUUGGCUGCUAGAAGACUUUCGAAGUUGCAAGCUUUGAAGGAUAAGAUUGCAGCUGAAUACCCAGAAGCUAAAGUUUACAUUGGUGAAUUGGAUGUGACGGAAACUGAAAAGAUUAAGCCAUUCAUCCAGGGUUUGCCAGAGGAAUUCAAGGAUAUCGAUAUUUUGAUCAACAAUGCAGGUAAGGCCCUAGGUGUUGAUCCAGUCGGUGCAAUUGAUUCAGAAGAUAUAAAAGGUAUGAUUGAUACCAAUGUCUUGGGUUUGAUCAACGUUACCCAAGCUGUUUUGCCAAUUUUCAAGGCCAAGAACUCUGGUGACAUUGUUAACUUGGGAUCUGUUGCCGGUAGAGAGGCAUACCCUAACGGAUCCAUCUACUGUGCUACUAAACAUGCUGUCAGAGCCUUCACACAAUCUUUGAGAAAGGAAUUGAUCAACACUAAGAUCAGAGUCAUCGAAAUUGCACCAGGUAACGUCGAGACUGAAUUUUCAUACGUUAGAUAUAAGGGUGAUACUGAUGCAGCCAAGAAGGUUUACAAGGGUACUACUCCUUUAUACGCAGAUGACAUUGCUGAUUUGAUUGUUUACGCAACAUCAAGAAAGCAAAAUACCGUCAUUGCUGAUGUAUUGGUGUUUGCUACAAACCAAGCAUCUCCAUACCACAUUUACCGUGGUGAAUGA